UCGAAAUUCAAAUCUGGUUUUCUAUUCAACGUACCGCCCAAAAUUCAGUUUGAAAUUCGCCAUUUUGCUUCGCUCUACGCCUUCUUUCUUCUUCUUCUUCUUCUUCUUCGAGUGAGAUGCAGAGCACAGUGCCGCCGCACCUUCAUCGGAGAAGCCCCUAGCCUCUUCAAGAGUAAGAAAAUGCCGGAAUCAAGAGACAGAUUGUCGAGGCCCGACGACGUCACCACACUAUUUCGCCGUCGGCGGCAAUCGAUUGGUGGCAUGGUUAUUCUGCUUGACGAGCCGGAGGUGGAUCAUGGAACACCGUUCCGGUGGGGGGCGACAGGAAUGACGGGUAUAACUGGACCAGUGGGACUGGCAUCUACGGGAGGCGGUGGCGUUAGAAGGCGUAGUUUGGGAACACCGAGAGUUGGAAGCGGACGUGGCCGGAAUUUGCACGGAACACCUGUACAUCUAUGGAGUCGAGAGAACCAGCCGGCGGCAAGUGCCGGGCGAGGACGAGGUCGUUCGACGAAUAGUGUGUUACCGUCUUGGUACCCGAGGACGCCUCUUCGUGACAUCACUGCUGUUAUGAGGGCCAUUGAAAGAAGAGGUGCUCGCUUGACGGAAACUGAAGGCCAAGUGAAUGAGGGUCCAAUACGCCAGGACCUGGGAGCUGUUACUCCUCUACCUAGAUCAAGUGCUCAACUCGAGCAUGGUUUUUCUAUAAUCUCUCCAAUUCCUACACUUGGAAUUAAGUCUUUCCCACUCUCUGUCGGUAAAGUUCCAAAGAUAUUGCUUGAUAUCACCAAUCAGAAUUCUGGAGAAUCGGAUUGCCUCACGCCCCAGAAGAAGCUACUGAACUCAAUUGACAAGGUUGAGAAAGAAGUGAUGGAGGAAUUGAAGAAAUUGAAGAGGACUCCCACUGCUAAAAGGGCUGAAAGGGAAAAAAGAGUCCGCACUUUGAUGUCGAUGCGUUAAUACAAUCAAUUUCUUUUGAUUGUCAGCAGCCUGUGUUGGUAUCUCGAAGACUAUGGAUUUUAGAGGGAGACUGGACAACCACCUGUGUAGUAAUAAGAUUGAUCAUCUUCUGAUGAUUUUAGGCUCUCGUAGUCGAACUAGGAAAUGGUACUAUAUUCUGUGUUCCACCUAUUAACAUCUAGCUGAAGGCCCUAGUUAAGGAUCUGUAGGCAAUUUUUCUGUGAUUAUCUUCCACUGAAGAUUUUGGUGUAGGAUAAGCAAUUGUGUCGGCUUCUGUUUACUGCCACUCCUUGAAGGCCUCGUGUGGGUUUGUAGGCAUACUUUUUUACUGAUGUACAGGGAGGAUGUAUCCCAUUAUCUGUUUCAUCACAUUAAUAGUUCUUUAGGUGAAGUAAGACUCUCUCUAUCAUAGUAAGGAUGCUACAAUUUCUCUAUAGAUUCUUCUAUUUUGAUCAUAUUCUUCAUUCUAUCACUCUGCUCAUGAUUGUCUCUAUCUGCAGCAAAUUUCUACUGUUCUUGGCCAACUCAAGCAAAAUUGUUUGGUCAAUUGUGCAUUGAUCAGCAAGAUGGCUAUUUGCUCUAUGUU